CUGGUGGCCCUGUUUAUCAGGGAUAUCGAUGUAGAGGUUCAUGAGAACCGGGAUUUCAUUGAGCGGCAAAUCAAAGUUGCUGAGCAAGGUAUCGAUUCGAUCCUCCAAUGGGACGGAGCUGUUGUACUUGGGGCAGAACUGGGGCGGGCAAGUCCAACUUCCUUUCGCCACUUCGGCUCCGGCCCAGUAGUAAGCGGCAGCUGGCAGGCCGUGGUUGGCCACCGUCUCCCACAGCGGCUCCCCGAGCCAGAACUUGGGGUCGUGGCUCGACGUAGUGAACUCGUCGCCGGAGGCCGGGUCGACGAAGUAGUUGUUUACGAUGCCGUGGUAAGCCGGGUAGAGGCCCGUGACGAGGGAGUAGUGGUUGGGGAAAGUGAGGGUCGGGUAGACCGGGAUCAGACCCCGGUCGGUCGACGUUCCCUCGGCCAUGAGGCGGUCGAUGUUCGGGGUGGGCGUCUUGAACUGGUACCCGAACCGGAAACCGUCGGCGGAGAUCAUGAUCACGACCGGGCGGGGGAGUUUGGGGCUGAGCCGGCCGGUUCGUUCGAGGGAAGAUAGUUUCUGGCCCGCGGAGGAGGAGGAGGAGAAGUAGAGGAAGCCGAAAGCAGAGGCGGCGGAAAAGCCGAUGCAGGUGAGGCAAUGAGAGCCGUGAAUAUGAGUGGGUUAGUGGCCGGGUGGGUCGUGGAAUUGCGGCGGGUGUCUUCGUCGGAGAGAAGAGGUGUGGUCUGGCUUGGCGCCAUGAUGGGAAGAGAAGAGAUGAGUAGUGGUGGGAUGAGCAGGUUGGAGGGAUGUAUUAAUAAUGUGGCGAAGCAAGUGCAA